AUGCCACAGAACGCGUUCAAUGAGACCCGCGCUGAACUAGCAGACUUCCUUUUUCAGAACCCCGGGAACUUCCGGUUUACCACGUCCAUUGAGAGUGACGCGCUAACACUCUCAUUCCAACAAACUCCCUUCUCCCAUUUAUUGGACUCACCCUCUGAUGGAGCGGCCUCUAUUCCUUCACCACCCUACUCUCCUGUUCUAUUGGAAUCCUCUUCUGACAGCCAGGAAGGCUCUAUUGUGGCGCCUGGACCUGAACUGAACCCAGUUGGAGACAGUGACUUAGGCAGACCUCAAACUAUCUCCGGCAUAGAAAAUAACGGAUCUCAUGCGCUGGAGGACAGAGCAGUUGGAGGAGGAGAAUGGUUUGGAAGGGACGGUGAGUUUUUUCCUUAUGCCACCCAAAUUCAAACUCUGACGGAUUCAUCCAGUACUUCUGCACCUCGUUUUGGCUCGUUUACGCCGUCUGACGUGUCCAUUACUGCUGGACCUUGUUCUUAUGAUUCAAUCACUCAUACUACUGCGUCCAUUACUGCUGGACCUCGUCCUUAUGAUUCAUUCACUCCUACUACCGCGUCCAUUACUGCUGGACCUUGUUCUUUUGACUCAAUCACUCCUACUACCGCGUCCAUUACUGCUGGACCUUGUUCUUUUGACUCAAUCACUCCUUCUACCGCGUCCAUUACUGCUGGACCUCGUUCUUUUGACUCAAUCACUCCUACUACCGCAUCCAUUACUGCUGGACCUCAUUCUUUUGACUCAAUCACUCCUGCUACUGCGUCCAUUAUCCCUGGACUUCUCUUUAAUUUGUUUAUGCCACUCGACGUGUCCUUCACUUCUGGACUUUGUCCUCCUGGUCUACUCAAUCCUUCUAUCAUGUCCAACACCGCUGGACUUUAUUCUACUGCGCCACCUGAUGUUUCUAAUACAAUCUCUGAUCAAAUUAAAGUCUCAAACAUACCCUCAGUUUCAGAGAGCCGAGAUAGCGCCAAUGAGUCAUUGAUCCCACCCAUUGCCUCCAUUGGAGAGACGGUAACUACUCAUGAGACCAGAAUCGCCGAGAUCGGAUUAUCACUCCUAGCUGAGACGGCUCUGGACAAUACUAACGAAAACGACCUUUCGGCACCUCAAACUGAGCCCACUAUCGACACUUCUGAGUUGCGUCCACCUGAUGAGCCAAGUGAGAGACCCUUUGGGAGACCAGAGGGUGAGCUUGUCCAAGUGAUGAGCUUCUAUGAUGCACUCACCACCAUUAUAACACGAGCAGGACUUGCCGAGUCUCUGGAGACAAUCAGUACCUAUCAAGAGGAAGAAAAGAAUAAAAAAGAGGCAGAACAGGUACAGUCUCCUUCGUCCAUCACUUCCACGCCACCACCAGCUUCUAAUAACGAGUUUACCCCCCCCUGA